UGACUAUAACAACUGAUGAAUAGAAACAUCGCCCGGAGGUCAUCGGCGUCAAAGCAGCGGAGAACAACCCAAAGCGAUGGUGCAAGACAGCACAGCUGCUCCGAGGGUGAAACGCAACAGAUGAGCAGAUAGACACAGCUGCUGCUCUACUGACUUACAGACAAGACUCUACUGACUGCUCUGGAUAACCGACAAGAAUGAACACAAACGACGCGAAGGAUUACCUCUCCAAACGACAGAUCCCACACCUUUUUGAGAGCAUGUUAACAGGGCUGAUGUACCACAAGCCUGAGGACCCUUUGGCAUUCUUGGAAAGUUGCCUGCAGAAAACACGAGACCUCGGGGGUCCUGAAUGUGUGGCCUGGGACACUUUCAUUACACCUGAUCGAAAACCUCUACCACCAAUCACCCCAGCACAGGGAAAGAAAAACCCCGGCAAACUCGACAGUGGUCCUGGUCCAGGCCCCGGACCUUACCGUCGAUAUGAAAGGUUGCCACCAAUCCAGGCCCAGUUCUCCAUAGAAAGUGACUCAGACAUGACAGAGUCCUCAGGGCUCAUACAGGAAUAUGAUGUCUUUGACCCAUCAAAACCACGCCCACACAUCAUAUUCAUUAUUGGUGGACCGGGCAGUGGGAAGGGCACUCAAACAGCUAAACUUGCAGAUCACUAUGAUUACGAGCAUGUGUCCGUGGGGGAAAUUUUAAGGAACCAGUUGCUGCAUCAUGCCCCCAGUGACAGAAAAUGGGAGUUGAUUGCUCAGAUCAUAGCCAAUGGGGAACUGGCUCCUCAGGAGACGACUAUUGAAGAGCUGAAACAUCAGUUUAUCAAAAAGCAGGAUGCUAAAGGAUUCAUUGUGGAUGGAUUCCCCAGAGAGAUCUCUCAGACUUUCACCUUUGAGGAGCAGAUUGGCUCCCCAGACUUGGUGAUUUUGCUUGCCUGCUCCAAUCAGCAACUCCGGCAGCGCCUAGAGAAAAGAGCUUCCCAGCAGGGCCGUCCCGACGAUAACACUCACGCUAUUGAGAAGAGACUAGAUACUUUCAAACACAAUAUCACACUCAUAGCCAAGUACUACCAGGAGAGAGGACUUAUUGUGAGGGUCGAUGCUGAUCGAGAGGAAGAUGACAUUUUCACAGACAUUUCUACCAUUGUAAAGGAGAGAUUGUUCCCUAAUGACACAAGUGCAAGCAGUACUGGAGAUCUUUAGAGGGACGUCUAAACAUCCAAACAGCUGCUGCCAUUAAUUCCCAAAUGAAGUAAUAUAAUAUACUGUAGAAUUUACACUGGUUGUUGCCUCUAUUUGUACUUCACUGUGAAUCUACUCUUUUGCAGUAAUUUAAUAAGAAUGACUUUUUAGAGCAGAGCCUUUCCCCCCCCAACAUUUUCUUUUUGUUUCUUAAUUUUAAUGUUGUUUUGACUCUAUAUCAUUAAUGCAUAUUUGGAGCUCAAGCCAGAAAUAAUGUGAGUUGUAAACUGCACCAAAUUAUAAUGCAAUAACACAAUAACAACAUCAAAUGUAUUCAAACAAAUUGCCUAACCUAUUCCUGCAAAAACAUUAAAAGGAUUCAACUAUUACUGUUAAGUUAUCCUACUUCACAAUAUGAGCACAUUGGAGAGAGGCAAAAAUUACAAAUAAAAAAAAUGGAGAGACAGAGAGGCGCUACAAAUGUGUCCUCGGGCUGUGUUCUCAUUAAUAGAUGUUCAUUCCAGCUGUGCCAAUACUUCACAGUGAGACAUCAGUGAAGACAGACUCUCUGUCCUUGCUGACAGACCUUGACCUUGACCGUUAACUCAAAUGCCAAAAUACUGCAAGUUACUGAGGAGUACUGAAAUGUAAACCCACCUUUAUUGAAAAAUGGUACACAGAAAUCAGUGGAAAAACAAGUAGUAAAAGCUUAUUAAACAUCAACAGUAUCUAUUUCAUGUUUUUUCUACACUCAUUGCUUGUACAUUUUCUAGACAAAAAAAAUCACAAUUGGCCCACUGGAUGGCAGGCUUUUAUUGCUUAAAAAUAAUUUGUUCAAUACCCUCACUGAUUUGAAAGCAUUAACUCAUAGACGUCCACAAUUAUACCCAGUUCUGCCUUUUUGAAGAAAUGUAAUAUUAUGAAUUUUUAGCUUUUGAGUAUGUAAACUGAUUAAUAAAGAAUACACAUUUUUUAAAUAUUCCUUAGAAAAACAUGAGCUCCGAGUACGCUUUUAACAACAGUAGAUAACAUUAACCCUAAAAAGACCAUAGUAUCUUUGUUUUGUGUUAAGUGUGUUUAAAAUACUGUGUUAUAAACAGCAUCAUAGUGAAGGAGUGCUGGUAUGUGCUGCUUCUCAAAAUAGAUCCGCCUUUAUCACCUGCCUGGCAAAUUACUAGCAGUGGCACGAUAGGAGACUCUGUACUUGCACAAAGUACAGCUUCAGGUUUUUUAAAGUAUAAAUUGAAUUACUGCAUCUGUAUGUUGUUAAGAAAAUCUCCUCUGUCGUGUUCUGAUCUAACAUGUUCAGUUUGGUUUUGGAUGGUUAUAGAGAUUAAUAUCAACUUGGUGCGUUUUUUACUAAUCUGCUGUACAGUCUUGAGCUUUUCUGCUCUUAAUAAUUAUUUUAUUUUCACACUUUAUUUCUUCUGACGCACAUAAAAGAAGAUACUUUGAGAAUGUUUUUGGUCUAUACAAUGGAAGUCAAUGGUCACCAAAAACGUUACCAGCAUUCUUCGAAACAUCUUCUUUUGUGUUGAAGAAAGAAAGCCUUACAGGUUUUGGAACGACAUAAGAGUGAGAAAAUUAUGACAAAUUCAUUAUCCCCCCGAAACUCUUUACAUACAGUAGCUGAUCUUGGCACGGUUAUGAGAUAACUUUCAUUGUCUGAUUCCACACAUCAGAUCUUUUAGGUGGAUCUAGUUUACAAAACUGAACAGAAUGAUUUGUUAAUGAAUCAAAUUGAUCCGCUUCUCAAGUUCAAUGCACUCAAAUCGGUCAAUCAUAAGGAAAUGUACAUUAGUAAAUCGUUUCUAACAUAAAUAUGUGAUAUGUGAAUCAACUAAUUUUCCAUUUUAAGCUUGUAUGCUAACAUAAUUGUCCUGUUGAUAAAAAGCCAAAGAAUAA